AUGCAUAACUCGUCCUCGACCACUACCGGCAUUGACCGUGACUAUCUCCUCGACCUGCGUGGACAUGUCGCCCACCUCGAAGGCGUGCGAAGCCCCGACUACUUCGGCCUGCAUGCCGAUGGACUGCAAGGUUUCGGUAUUGUACACCGUACCAGUCUCUUCAUAAAGCUAUCUGCUAACCUUCCGGCACAGAUGCUCUGGAACUGGAACACAAUCGAUACCUGCUUCCUCUCGAGCUCAUGGCACGUCAAGUCGUCCAGCAUGUUCGCCGGAUCCUGCAUCGGCGUCGUCCUCUUGACCCUGUUGCUCGAGUUCCUACGCUGCGCUGUCAAGGAGUUCGACCGAUACCUCAUCCGCAAGCAUUCCGCUGCACCUGUAGCUAGUAGCGCGCGAUCCAAUCCUGGCGACACCAAGGGCAAGGAGGUCCCUACGAUCUCAGCCAGGGCAGAUAAGGGCAAGGAGAUUGCUACGAAAUCAGGCACCGCAGUCGAGGAAAAGGAGGUCGCUCCGACCUCAGCCAGCGCAGAUAUGCCGAUCUUAGGGAGGGAGAUCGCUACGACGUCAGGCACCGCAGUCGUUUACACGUCAGGCACCGCAGACGAGGACAAGAAGGCCGUCAGGGUUUCGUCCACAAUAGAUCAACACGUCACGACCUCAGCCACUGGACAUGAGAAGAAGGGGGGCGUUACGACAUCAGCUACAGCAAGUUUGCCUGCGUACUCGCGGGGGAGUUGGUCUACGACCUCAGCCAUCGCAGGUAAGGACAAGGAGGUUGCUACGAGGUCAGGCACCGCAGACGAGGACAAGGAGGCCGUCAGGGUUUCGUCCACAAUAGAUCAACGCAUCACCUCAGCCACCGGAUAUGCGAAGAAGGAGGGCGUUACGACUUCAGCUACCGCACAUAUGCCUGCGAACUCGCGGAGCGGGGGGCCUAUGACCUCAGCCACCGCAGAUAAGGACAAGGAGGUCUUUACGACAUCAGCCCCCGCACAUAUGCCUACGAACCUUCGUAAGGGGUUCCGCCCGAAUCUUCUCGAACAGGUCAUUCGAGCACUCCUGCACACGCUCCAGUUCGCCUUGGCGUACUUCGUUAUGCUGCUUGCCAUGUAUUACAACGGAUAUAUCAUCAUCAGCAUAUUCAUCGGUGCCUACCUCGGUGCUUUCCUUUUUCACUGGGAGAUCUUGAACGAAGGCGCCACUGAGCAAGCGACAGUACACUGUGGAUAG